AUGAUCCGCCGCCCAUGGCCCCUGGCCCUGCUACCCUUGGCACACCUGGGAUUGCGGUCCCUAAGCGCCGUACCGGCAGCACCGAGCCUCCUUGGAAAGCCCGUGGUGUUGGAUCGGCUGUGCCGCGGCUGGCAGAUCCACCAGGUGAAGAACGGCUACCGUUUCAAUGGCGACGAUCUGCUGCUGGCAAGGGAAGCGUGGAGGGCCAAAGCGAACUCCAAGCGACUGUUGGAUUUGGGGGCAGGUACUGGUUCCGUGGGCCUCUUCUGGCUGGCCCAGCAGCCGCAUGAAGCCGAGUUGACAGCCGUGGAAGCUCAGGAGGAAAGCGUGGAGCUUCUGAGCAGAACGGUCAAAUUGCUGAAGCUGGAGCAGAGGGUGCAGCUGAUCAAUGGCGAUUUGAGGAAUGCCACCCUCCUGGCCCAGCUUGGUGGUUUCGACCUGGUCACAGCGAAUCCGCCGUACAUCGCUCCGGAGGACAAGAAGUUACCGGAGCACAGCCAACGUCGUUUCUGCUACUAUGAAUUACGUGGUGGCGUUCAUGACUUUGCGUUAGCAGCCUCGAAGAUGCUCAAAAGAGAUGGCAAAUUCUGCAUUGUUCACGUCCAUCGCCGUGCCAACGAUGUCUUGGACGCCGUCCAAGCGGCAAAGCUGGUCCCGGAGCGGCGCUUGACGGCGCUGUCGCGGGGAGAACCCAAGUGGCAAGUGCUGGUUUGCGGCAGAACAGCCACUGGCAGAGACGUGAAACUUCAGGAGGAGGAACUUGUGGUGCGCGAUCAUCAGGGCCUUUGGACCGAAGACUGGGACGCCCUCUGCGCUGAGAUGGGCGCCUUUCAGAAGCCCGUGGAAAAAGCGGAGCUGCGCAUUUUGACAGCUGCUGUGCGCCACUGGCCGCCGGCGCUUCUUCGGCUGCUGCGGGAGAUUUGGGGCGAACUUCGGAGACGGUUGAGGCUGUUAGGGGUUGAUGUUAUCACCAGGGCUGGCAACCUGCACGUGGCGGCUGACAAGGAGCGGUGCUUGGCUCACUACAGGCGACGAUUGGAAGGGCUGAAGGGGAAGGUGCUGAAGGGGAAGGUGGACAACUCUCUUCCAGCUUUGACAAGCAAAGUGGAUGAAAUGGGCACAAAGAUCAGCAAAAUUCCCUCAGGAAUGCAAAGGUUGACUGACAUGGUCUCAGCUUCCACAACGAAGGAGGUUUCAGCUUUAAGCAAUACAGUGGACGAGAUGUGUACAACCAUGCAGGCGAAGAUCAGCAGCAUUUCCUGUCAGAUGGACUGCAUCUCAGGUUUCACGUCCAGUUUCUGGUGCGCGACUCAAAGGCUGGAGCAGCUUCUGACAGGGCUCACCCAAGAAAUCCGAGCAAACCAAUCCAACUUCGAGACUAAAGUCAUCACAGUCCUGGAGGUCCUGGAAAAGGAGACAAGGGGCGACAGAGUUGGCGACCCAUUUUCUGCCUCCAGUGGUGGUUACUCGACUCUGGUCACACUGCUGACCGAGCUUCGUCAAGAAAUGAAGGGCAGUGGACCGGACCAAUCUAAGAUUGAAACCAAGCUUGACCUGUGCCUUGCCCAGCAGAUGGCAGGUUUCCAAAGUCAAGUGGACCAGUUGAAGCAGUUGAUGUCAUCCAUGGGCGAAAAGAUCCAGAACGUGCCCCACUUGGACCCACACGCAGUCAGCGAGGCAUCUUCCAUAUCCAGUGCUGCUUCCAUUGGCUCGUGGACUCACGUUACUGGAAAGCCAUGCUGCUAUCUUGCAGAUACCUACUUCAAGGUUGUGACAGCUGAUGGUGAAAUCCUGUCCCCAGCCAAGAUGCUCUUCAAGGGCGCCCAAGUGGUUGCAGCGAAUGGCACACCGGUGGAAGUCGUCCAGCCACCGGAGCAACAUCGGGUGGAUGCCGUCAUUGAGCUGCAGGCGGACCAUUCCUCUCUGGUGGUGAGCCCUGAUCAUCGCAUUCUCAUCCCUGGGAACAAGACGGUCCAAGCAAUGGAGCUUGAAGUUGGUAGCGAGGUGAUCUUGGAUGGAACGCAGGCCAAGCUGACCUCCAUGGAUUGGAAGCUCGAACCAACUAUGGUGCUGAAGAUUUCCUUUCGACCAGAUCUUCCUGUGGCAGCCUUCAUGAGGCCACCUUCCAUUUUGAGCAAAGGCUCUCGCAAGAGGCAGUUCCGCCGUGGCAAGAAGCGAGGAGAUGGAGGUGAUGUAGUGACCAUCCCAGAUACCGAAGGAUUGGUGGCUAUCAUGACAUGGGAGCAAUUUCGUCAGGUCUUCGGACUCAAAGAAAUCGAUUGGAUGCAGACGAAGAUCACAGAUUCGACUCAAAGGCUUGAAGAGCGGCAGCUCUCCAAAGCCAAGCUAGCUACUUGGAUUACUUGGACAUACUUGGACAGUUUGACUGCAGUCAUCUCAGCCAUGGAAAAGGAGACUAGGAGCAACAGAGUUGGCGAUCCAUUUUCUGCCUCCAGCGUUGGUGGCGAGACUAUGGCGACAGAGCUGACAGAACUUCCUAAAGAAAUGAGGGGCAGUCGACUGGACCAAUCUAAGCUCAAAACCAAAGUUGACCUGGGUCUUGCGGAGCAGAUGGCAGUUUUGAAAAGCCAAGUGGACCAGUUCGAGCAGCUCGUGUUAUCCAUGGGAAACAAGAUCAAAGGCAUGUCCCGUGUGGACAGCUGCGGCGGAGCCAGUAUGCUCUUCAAGGGCGCCCAAGUGGUUGCAGCGAAUGGCACACCAGUGGAAGUCGUCCAGCCACCUGAGCAACAUCGGGUGGAUGCUGUUAUCGAGCUAAAGGCGGAUCAGUCGUUUCUGGUGGUGAGCCCUGAUCAUCGCAUUCUCAUCCCUGGGAACAAGACAGUCCAAGCAAAGGAGCACGAGGUCGGCAGCGAAGUGAUUUUGGAUGGAACGCAGGCGAAGCUGACCUCCAUGGAAUGGAAGCUCGAACCAACUAUGGUGUUGAAGAUUUCCUUUCGACCAGACCUUCCCGUUGCAGCCUUCAUGAGGCCACCCUCCAUCUUGAGCAAGGGCUCUCACAAGAGGCAGUUCCGCCGUGGCAAGAAGCGAGAUGGAGGUGAUGCAGCUGGACGAGUUGCCUCUCAGAUCUUCCAGCCGGACGCAGACCCAGUGGUGGCCCUGGAUUUGAGUGAUCGGCUUGUGGUGUACAAACCCGUGGGAUGGGAAGUCUACGACAACCACUCGCCCCAGCAAUUGAUUGAUUUCGUGCGAGGGCAUGUGGGACCUUUGCCCAUUUUCCAGGACCUCAACGUAGAUCUGGGCUUCCUACAUCGCUUGGAUGUGCCCAGCUCCGGGCUGCUGUUGGUGGCAAAGAGUUACGAAGCUUAUGCUGACCUCCAACUGCAGCUCCACACAGGCCAGAUUUUGCGAGAAUAUGUCGUGCUUUGCCAUGGCUUCGUGCAGCAUUCUAGAAGCAUCACUGCGCGGCUGUGGGAUAUAUCUCCAGUGACGGAGGUGGGCCUGGGCAAAGCGGCAUCGACGCGGAUCAAGGUGGGCUCCUACGGCUACUUCCCAGUUCUGGCCAUGACCUUUACUGAGCCUCGGCUGCUACACACUGUCUGGGGGACUUGCCGGGUGACACUGCGAGCCUGUCCAUGUGCGUUUCAACUUCUUGGGUGGGAUUUGAUGUCGAAACAUUGUUUACACACAGUUGGAACCAAAGAAGAAUUGGGCAGUAGCUGGGAAACAAUCAGGCUAUACGGUGGCUAUACGCCAUUUUCAAACCCGCACUCACAGGAAAUCACAGGAAGACAUAGCAUCUCAAUCGACACACUGCUUUCGUUUCGCUAA